AUUGAUCAUUGAAUCAUUGUCCUUUCAAGACGCUGUCGUAUAGGCGUUCAAAAGCACUCUGAUGAAGUCUGAGCUCUGAACCCGUCCUUCCCUUUGAUUUUUAUUGCAAACGUAUAGCCGUGGGAAAGCACUGGCUCGCUCGCUGUCCCUGUUACCAAAUAAGACACGCGAUUUUGUUUUAUGGUAAAUUCCUACGGCUCUACCAAGCCACUCAGCUUUCACCUCUUCAAAAGCCUCGCCUUAGCUCUUCCACAACGAUUCGUUUCGAUCUCUGCUUCUCCAAGAUCUCCCUGUUCUUGUUCUAUGUCGGUGACUACUCUGUUUCCAUUAUAGAUGUUUUAAUUUCUUUGUUAGACUUUUAAAUCUGCUUUUCCUUUCAUUUAAUUUGUUAGAUCGUAUAAAACUCUAAAAUACCCAAAUCCCCAUUUCUUCCCAUGAAGUCCUUUUUUUAGUUCACAUCCUGUUAUAAUUUCCACUAAUGCAUCUGCCAUUGUCAAUUUUUUUUAAGAUCUACUAAUUUCAACAUUGGGUAUUUGUUAUUUUUAACGUAAAAUCGGAAUCCUCCCGGAAAAAAUGUCAGCAAUUAGAUUUGAUUCCACCAGGCAAUACUAUGCUACAAGCAGUUUGGUAGUUGGUUAUGCACUUUGUUCAAGCUUACUUGCUGUUAUCAACAAAUUUGCAAUAACCAAAUUCAACUACCCAGGUUUAUUAACUGCAUUGCAAUACUUAACUUCUGCUUUAGGGGUCUGGGUUUUGGGCAAGUUUGGGUUUUUACAUCAUGAUCCUUUCACAUUGGAUAUUGCCAAGAAGUUUUUGCCUGCUGCUCUUGUCUUUUACCUUGCAAUCUUCACAAACACCAAUCUUUUGCGUCAUGCGAAUGUGGAUACUUUUAUAGUGUUUAGAUCCUUGACACCCCUUUUGGUUGCUGUCGCUGAUACAACCUUUAGGAGGCAACCGUGCCCGUCAAAGCUAACAUUUUUGUCUCUGUUGAUCAUUCUGGGUGGUGCUGUUGGGUAUGUGGCUACUGAUUCAGCAUUUACUUUGACUGCAUAUUCAUGGGCGUUUGCAUAUUUGGUGACAAUUACUACUGAGAUGGUUUAUAUUAAGCAUAUGGUGAUGAAUCUUGGGUUGAACACUUGGGGUUUUGUGUUGUACAAUAACUUGUUAUCGUUGAUGAUGGCACCUAUAUUUUGGGUUUUGACUGGAGAAUACAGAGAGGUGUUUGCAGCUUUGGGAGCCAAUGCUGGGAAUUGGUUUGAACCUGUGACAUUUACUGCAGUAUCUUUGUCGUGCUUGUUUGGUUUGCUCAUUAGUUUCUUUGGGUUUGCGGCUAGGAGGGCAAUCUCGGCCACAGCAUUUACUGUGACUGGUGUGGUUAAUAAGUUUCUUACAGUUGUGAUCAAUGUAUUGAUUUGGGAUAAGCAUGCUACUCCUUUUGGUUUGGUUUGCCUUCUCUUCACAUUGGCUGGAGGGGUUCUUUAUCAGCAGUCAGUUACUGGACCGCCACGUGAGUCAACAGCAUCCAGGCAGACAGUUGAUGAGAAUGAGAAUGAUGAUGAUGAUGAUGAUGAAGAAAAUCAAGAUAAGAGUGUUUCUGGUAAACAUGCUUCUGUGUGACCAAUAUUAUUUCUCAUUUUUCAUGGUUUUAGUCACUGAAAACUGUUGGGAUGUAUGAAUCUCUAGUAUCCCUAAUUUUGAAAAUACCUUGUAGAUCUCACAAUCCCAUAUUUAGAAUUUAAACAUGGUUAGCCAUUUAGCAUUUUGAUGAUUUAUAAAUCAUUAUGCUUUGGAUUAAUAAUUGACAAUAUUGUGGCAUUCUUUGUUGCCUCAAGUACUAGUGAGGAAUAUGUAUUUUGUUAUGGUGGCAUUCUAGUUAUGGUCUUUGGCUUACCACAGUUGAGGAAUAUGUAUUUUGUUGUUUCUU